AUGGAAGCAACUCAAGAAUCAACCCAACCAUGCACCGACCCUCGUCGCAUGGGAUACAACAACUCCGGCCUUCAUGAGCAGGAUGUAGCAGACAUUAUCUGUAUCUUGCACCCUACCUCACCCCCUGCCCAUCAGGCGGUGAGUGCAACAGUUCCUAUGGGUUCGCAGCACAUUCUCCAGAGAGAUGAGCUAGGUCCCGAAAGCUCAACCGGUGCCGCUUAUGAUAUUGCACUUCGGCUGUCAUCUCCAGUCCAUCCUAACUUCAAGCGUAUCUCUAAUGCGCACUAUCGAAUUUAUCUGACAGAGGAUGGGAUUAUCAUGCUCGAGGACAUAUCAACCAAUGGCACCAUUGUAGACAACUGCCGUCUCCGGAAGAACCAGAAAGAAAGCAGUCGGAUGCUAACAAACGGCUCUGUAAUUCAAGUAUCAAACGGUGGUCCGGGCCUGGAGGAAGUGAGAUUCGUGGUCCGCAUACCCUCUAGGGAAGGAUUUGCCAUGCAAUAUACAGAGAACAUGUUCCGCUAUAUUGAAAGAGUCCAAAGACAUCGGACAGGUACUGUGCAGCCAAAAACCCAUCAAACCUCAGCCCAACCUGUUUUGCAGUGGGCGGGUUCCAACUCAUACGGAAUGCACUGGAGCGGCGGUUCUACGUAUAACGUCACUGGUCAGAUUGGCAAGGGGGCUUUUGCAACUGUGUACAAACUAGCCACAAAACAGCAUGGGUCCAUCUACGCGGCCAAGGAGCUGGACAAGAGACGAUUUAUGAAGAACGGGGUACUUGAUCACAAAGUAGACAACGAGAUGAAGAUCAUGAAGGAUCUCAAACAUCCAAAUAUUGUCCAGUAUAUCGACCACCAUGAGCAUGACAGAUGGAUAUACAUUAUUAUGGAGUAUGUUCCUGGCGGGGAGCUUUCGACAUAUCUUCAAUCCCAUGGUAAGAUUCCUGAGGACAUGGUCAAAAUCAUUGCUCGUCAGUUGCUCCACGCACUGCAGUAUCUUCACAAGCGGAAAAUUACACAUCGGGAUAUCAAGCCAGACAACAUCUUGAUCUCAUCGCUUGACCCGUUAAGGGUAAAGUUAUCGGACUUUGGACUAUCGAAGGUAGUUCAAGAGGAAAGCUUUCUCAAAACAUUCUGCGGUACAUUACUGUACUGUGCUCCUGAAGUGUACCCAGAGUACGAAACCUAUCGCCGAGGUGAAAUCAAGAAGAGGCGAAGACUAGGUGAUCCACCCGCUAAAACGUCUCCGUACGGUCAGUCUGUGGACACGUGGUCCUUAGGUGCGGUUCUAUACCAUCUACUUGCUGGGGUCCCUGCAUAUACCGGUCGAGGGGAUGAUAGAGGGGCUCAAAUGUUGCGAACUAUCAUGACGACCGACGCCGACUUUGAUGUACUCCGCAGGGAGGGCGUAUCCGAAGCGGGUAUUAACUUCGUUGCCCAACUGUUAAAUCGCAAUCCUCACGAUCGUCCGAAAGAACGGGAAUGCCUCCGGCAUCGAUGGAUUGCUGAUGUCGAAGAUGUUGAUAAGUAUGAAGACGAAGCUGUUUUCAGUGGUGCGGAAUUACUGUCAGACAUCGGCGAAGAUCUAGAGGAUGAGCUAGAUGCAUCUCAGCUGUCUCUAAACGACAAUGUAGACGCAGAGGAUGCAGAUGAAGAGGGAAGUGACCUGGCGCAAUCCAAACGGCCCAGGAUUGACAACCCUCCGGCGGAUAUUCGUUACCCGUCACUUCCCAACAUUGAAAGCUUCAAAGAGUUCCAGGCCGGGGCCGAUGCAACCCCCAAACGUCUUUUCGGGGAGAUCAACCCCUCCGCCCUGCAAAGCUCCCAUGCGCUGGGGGAUGAUGCCGCCGAAUUUGAAAGCGAUGGCAAUUUUAGCAUUCAUGAUUUUAUUUCUUCAGCCGGUGAGUCGAUAAUCAGCGGCGGCAUGAGCCUCAACUCUGUCCUGUCCCUCCCGGAUAACCCCGUGGCCGGAUCCGCGCCAAGCUUGAUGGGAACUGAGAACCUCGUUGGGCAGCUGAACAUGAAUUCCACGUGGCACCCUGGCACAUCGACCAACCUUCCCCCAGUCACCGGGGCACCGGGGCGGCAAGCCAAUGAUGAAACCGUACCCAAAAAUGUCUCGGUGCCCCAGCAAGCCGUUCCUGGUGGCGACACACCCAAAGCAUCGAAAUUCAGCCGACGGAUUGAAUUACCUAUACCUGAUACGGCCAGUGAACGUUCAAGUUCAAGCCCUGAUACAACUGCACAAGAAACGAAGAACAAGCCCAGUGGAUCCCAAGCAGCCUCGGAUGGGAUCUUCGAUAUCGAACUUGCAAACACAAUGGAUGCUCAGACUGGCCAGCCACUACCGGAUCCUAGAGACCGGACAGACAGUGACCUCCUGAUUGAACCCGUACCGGAGCACGCAUUGACCGGAAUCCCUCGGAUUGUGAUCCAGCCGCACCAGCCGCAGCCUCUCCUGGGCAAGCUGACGACAUUGUCGGGAUCAAUAUUCGACUUGACGAUCCGUCUGGAGGAUCGGCUGACAUCCUGGGGGCGAGGUCCUCAGGCAACGAUCUGCCACCCGGACCCCAUGGAUACUCGGAUCCCCGCAUACGCUCUUGAGGUGACCUUCUGGGCACCGGCCAUUGAAUCUCGAAUUGCAGCAGGAGAAUCCUGGAUGUCAGUUCCCAAUGUGAUGGCAAUUCUCUCCACGAAGACACGCAAAUGUAUCUGGGUGAACGGCACGGAGUUGCGGCGAGGGCCCGAAGGAAACGAUGGUCGGCAAGGGUUCCACUUUGGCAAGCUUUACACCGGCGAUAUCAUUACAGUCUAUCAGCACCGCAAUAAGUUCUUGAGAUUCGAGUGUGAGUUUUAUCAUGGCGAUAGUGCCCGUCGCCGGCCGGAGGACGAGAAUGGGUUUACCGUACGGAAGGUCUUGAUGCCCAAGGACAUCGCAGCGAAUCAACUACCUGGACGGAAGGAGCGCCAUGAGAAGAAGUAA